AUGCGAAGUAGCCAGCCGACCAACAGCAUCACACGUGGUGCGGCCACAGAUGGGCGCUGCAGCGCCGCCCGCUUAGCAAACGCCAGCCGGGGAUGCAUGGGCGGAAGUCAUGCAGAUAGCUGCUGCGGUGCUCGUGCGAUCGCCACAAGCUCCUUGUGCUACAAUGAGUUCCUCAACAUUCAGCUGGGAAAGCUGGAGGAACAGGAUCAGGAGUAUGAUUCCGCGUACCUGUACCAACAGCAGGUGAAGUUGGGCAACGGCCUCCAAGCCCCCAAGUACACCAUCCUGUACCAGCGGACGGAGCGGGCCGCGGAGGCGCCUCCGCGCGAGUCGGGCAUGCGAGUGGUGGUGCCGCAGAAGGUUCGGCGCCUACUACAGCUGGACUGGGGUCCUGAUGGGCUGGCCUGGGAAGAGCCCGAGUCGCGCCUCCCCGACUCCAUGCUGAUUCAGUCUAAGGUCUUCGACCACCCGCUGAGACCUUCCGAGCUGCUCCAACAGCUGACGGAGGUGCAGCACAAGGCCUUCGACCGUGAUGAGUGGGCUUCCUUCAACUUCUGCUACCACAUGAUUGGUCAG